UUGAUACUUGUGCAACCACCAGAGGAUACGAUUAACAUAUUCAAAAAGGUGAAGAUGAUUUUCAUUUUACUUGUCAUAUUUUGCUGUGUAUUGGUUGUGAAAUCGGAAGAAAAAGCUCCGAGAUGUGUACCAGGAUGUAGACCAGCAUGCAGACCAGGGUGGAAAGAAUACAAGAAUAGCUGUUAUUUCUUUUCUACUGACCAAAAAUCCUGGCACAAUGCGGAGGUCGAGUGUCGAAAUCUUGGAGGCUACCUUACACAAGUCACUGAUUCUGCCGAAAAUUCAUGGAUUGUGACUAUGAUCAAAAGUAAAAAAGUGAUUCAACAGGACUACUGGAUGGGUGCAAAUGAUUUGAAGGAGGAGGGCAGUUGGAGAUGGGUGAAUGAUUUGUCUAAAGUAUAUUUUAACAGUUGGAGAUCGGGUGAACCUAAUGAAUACCAACAUGUCAGAGGCGGAGAGGAUUGUGCUAAUUUUCGGCAAUUGAGAAACUAUACAUGGAAUGAUCAGCCGUGCGUCGAUGAACUUGGGUAUAUUUGCGAGAGCUCUUAGUGUAUGAAGUACCUUCCUCUCAAGGACAGUACCAACGUGCAGCUUGUCGUAAUUAAAUGAAAUAAAGUUUAAUUCAUACUUUAA